UUCAAUCUAUUUAUCUCCUUACCUGAGCUAUAAUGCCACUACUGCGUCUGCGUGGUAGCUAGCUCGCGAGCCAAGAAAGCCCCUACCUCAGCUAAGCUGCCAGCCCAGCCUCCCAUGGCGCACUCCCUCGCCGCCGCCGCCUCGUCCUUCUCGCCGCCCGCCGCACGCCGGCGACUGCCCGGACAGGUGACUAAUGUAAUUUCGAGACGGAGCUCAGUUUCCUUCAACAGCCAGAGAAUAAGUUUUAUGUCCAUUCGUUCAAGGCCAAGUCAGCUUCGUUUUAAGAUUUGCUGCUCGGCUAAGAAAGAGACAGUCGACAAGGUUUGCAACAUAGUUAAGACACAGCUGGCACUCCCUGAGGGAACUGCUGUCACUGGUGAAUCAAAAUUCUCUGAACUCGGUGCUGAUUCACUGGAUACGGUUGAGAUUGUGAUGGGCCUCGAGGAGGAAUUCAACAUCACUGUCGACGAAACAAGUGCGCAGGACAUCGCAACUGUUCAAGAUGCAGCAAACCUGAUCGAGAAGCUCGUGCUGGAGAAGGCUGCAUAAAAACCAUGCACCUCAAUUCAUCAGCCCUUUCGGAAACGCCAAAGGGCUGCUGCUAUGUUUUGAUCUCGCAAUUGCGUUUCGGGAGAGAAUACGUUCUUCUAAAAUUUAUGGCCAACUUUGCAUUCUAUCUGUAUUGUAUGUUCAGUCAUUCCUGCUACCCCAUUUAUUCUUUCCUUGAUCAUUGAAGGUAGGGUUUUGUACUCCAAAGGCUACAUGAGGGAAAUUAAUUGAGACCACUUGUUCUGUGCCACUUCCAUUUCAUGUACUGUAUACUGCUGAAGAAAAAUUAAUACUAAUAACUUGUCAAGAGUCA